GUUCCUUCUGAUGGCGACGAAGAAGUCUAUGAGGAUUGUCCGGAAGCAAUCAAGGAAUAUUGGAUACAGCAUGAGGCGCGAAAAUCUAAAGAACAUAGUUCUUCAAAAAAACGUGAUCACUCUGACAGACAUAGCGUACAAUCGUCUUCCUCUAGAAGAAGUACCUCUCCCCCUACGGCAAAACGACGACUCAUUGAUGGUUUUGAUCUCGAAGGUAUGCAGUUUCUAGCUAAUAGCAGUGCUGAUUCUGGAUCCGCAUCACCAACGAUAAGUGAAUGUUUGGGAGAAGCGACCUCUCAAAAAGAUGAUACAAACACUGAAUCUUUUCGAUAUCUUCAAUCUGCCGAAGUGAUGAAAGCCAAGAGAAAGAGUUCAAGCGUCGAACCAAACGUGCAACUUGAUGAUGUUCCUCGGGAAUCAAAUACAGCUGGACCUCAAACAGUCCCAAAUGUCCCAUCUACACCUUUCAAAGAUCAACUGCAAUCCUCGGACGUGUCGGCGCGCUCUUCUCCAUGCUUACUCCCUCAACAGCCUGUGCGCAAAACGAUACCACUACCUCCCGCCCUUCCGAAACGGAAGCGUGUGCAAUCUACAUCCACCACGUCUUCAUCUUUACCGUCUACUAAUGUUCCUGAUGCGGAACAAAGUGCGACUAGCGUAUCCAAACAAUCUGAUAGUGACCAACGGAAGACUGCUUCCCCGUCCAUCUCAUCUGAGCAAGACGUGAAAAAGGGGUCGGAGGCACGUGAAAUUCAAGCAAAGCCUGUGAAAAAAAUCGAGGUAUGUCUACCAGGCUAA